AUGGUGCCAAAGGUCAAGAAAAACGCUGAUGGUUCGCGUCGACGCGUGAAAGCCAGCGACUUUGAUGAAAUCUCGAAAGAGAUUCUCAUAACUGCUUGCUCCAUUUAUCGGUGUCUCAUCGUCACACAGGCACCUUUUCCGGAUUCCGUUGCAGCUGAGACAAAACUGGCGAAAGAGGCCUGGCGCGAGGCAUGUCAACUCAAAGGUGUUGACGUCAAACUGACCCCUUCGGCGGUGAACAUGCUGUUGAAACGCACUUCACACAUGCGAGGCGAACUCAAGACGAAGAUGCAUCCGCUCACGGCUUCAUUUCACGGCUUCCGCUCAAGUAAUUCUAUGGAGGUGAUAAGGUCAAACCAAGAUCUCGCAGAGAGAUUGAAAAUUGGCUCGAUCUUUGUUUUCAAGGACCCGUCAUCGAAGUCAGGCAUCUACAAGACCAAGUUGCUUCAACAGGGUAUCAACAGCAUGUGGUUCUUGAACCGAAGUGACGAGGGUGUCAUCUACCACAAAUACUUCGACCCCAUCCCUAUCAAAACUAUUGCGCUCGUGCUUACGGCUAUAGAAUGUUGUGUUGAUGAGUGGUCACAAGGCAUCAAAGAGGACAUCAAGUUCACAUCUGCUGGUUAUGGGACCGUCUACAACCACCAUUUCAGCUCACUGCAACGCUUUGAUGAGCGCACUGCGCCUUACAAACUCCUCUCAAAAAUUCGUAUCAAUCUGCAUGAUACAGCGCGGUAUGUUGGACUUUUAUCUCACUGA